AUGCUGGAGCUAGGCAUCCAGCACAUGGCAGCUAGCACGCUGGACCUCCUCCUAGGGUCGCCUCCUCGAGGGACCAUCGUGGGCACCCUGCUGGGGAAGGUGCUGUAUUUACGGCUCAGUCCGGACGACCGUGUUGCUGCCGUGUGCGCUGGAAAUAAAGUGUUCCUGCUGGAUGUGGAGACUCAGUCUACACUCGCUGAGCUCGAAGGGCACCAGGGCCCCGUGACUGCAGCCGAGUUUUGCCCUUGGCAAGCUCACGUCAUCAUCUCGGUGUCUGAGGACAGAAGCUUUAAGGUUUGGGACCAUCGUUUGGGAUCGUUAAUAUACAGCUCGUCAGUGCUGGCAGCUUCCCCUCUCCUAAGUCUCUUCGUCGACGAAAGAAGUCAGCAGCUCGUGACCGGAUGCGCCGCGGGCCAGCUGUGGAUCUUCAGUAUGGUUGAAAGACACCAUUAUCGCCGCGUGACACAUGUUGACCUGAGGAAAACGGGAGAGAGUUUCUUCACCAGGAGGGUUGGGUCGCACCUGUGCAGCCUGCUAGGGGAGAGCCAGCCUCCCUGGGCAAGUGAACUGGAGCAAGGGGCCGGCACCGAAGUGGCGCUGCCUGUCCUGAGCCUGGCUCCCUGUGACCUUUCGCUCGUCCUACACCCUGAGUGUGCAUCGUGUCUGUCUCCCGAGAAUGCCAGCUGCUUGUGGAUCGGGAGCUCAGCGGGUUUGUUCGUGUUUAACUUGGCGAACUUCGAGUUCGAAGCCGUCCUCCAGUACAGGGAUUUUCGGAACCUCAGCAUUCAAGUCACCGGGUCAUGCGCCAUGACGAACGAGGCCGGCAGCGAUAAGGCGUUCUGCGUACUCACCUCCCUGUUUGGGAAUCAGAUCGCCGUGCUGGAGGUCAGCGUCCCCGCGCUGCUGCGGUCAUGGCAGCGCCCUGCGCCGGCGCGGCCUCUCUCGGUGCUGCCCAGCUCCUGUGUCUUGUCGACUUCUCCGCUGUAUUUCAGGAUUAUUGAGGAAAAAAGUACCAAGCCAGUUCGUCAAAAACAGUCUGCGACCAACCCACAGUCCUCAUCAGUCUUGUUAAUCCUCUUGUUGACCUGGUUGAAAAACACGGCCCGGGGCGCCGUGCAGGACCAGCCGCUGGUGUUCCACAGCCGCGUCAGGUCGUCCGGGUACACGGCGGCGCCGCAUGCAGCUAUGUUUUCACCAAAGACCAACAUCAAGAACGAUUGUGAGAGAUCCGCAAAGUGCAGGAGCAGCCACAGAUGCAAGGAGCGCCCUUCGCGGAGUCCUCUGCCCACCCAGCUCAGCAGGCGGCGUGCUCUGGCCCCGGCGGCCGUGCGCUGCGUCCAGUUCUCAGCAGAUGGACGGCGGCUGGCCUGUGGCUUAGCCAACCACUUGUCGCUGGUCUUUGAUGCUGAUCUUACUGGGACACCUGCUGUUUUUUCAGGUCACGACGGGGCCGUGAGCGCCGUGUCCUGGAGCCACGACGGGAAGUGGCUGCUGUCUGCCUCCCAGGACGGGACGCUGAGGGUGUGGUCGGUUCGCAGGACGGAACUCGCAUUGUGUCUGGACAAGGACGUGUUCCCCCAGGCUGCGCGGUGCGCCCAGUUUUACUACCUCGACGCCUUCAUCCUGUCGUCCGCGGGGCCCGAGGUCCGGCUGCUCAGGCACCACGUGGACACCCGCCGGGACGAGCUGCGGAGGUACAGGCAGAGGAGCUGGUGCAGGGCCGUGUGCGGGCUCCGCAUGACAGGCGCCGCCGAGGUCACCGGCCUGUCCGCGGUGAACGAGUUCUACUCCUACCUCGUGCUGGCCGCCGGCCGGAGCAGGACCUUGGAGGUCUUCGACCUCAACGCGGGGUGCAGCGCAGCCGUCAUCCAGGGGGCCCACGCACGGCCCGUCCACCAGAUCUGCCAAAACAAAGGAUCAUCGUUUACGACUCAGCAGCCUCAGGUUUAUAAUCUUUUCGCAACCAUGGCCAUUGGUGACGGGAUACGACUGUGGGACUUGAGAACUCUGAGGUGUGAGCGUCGUUUUGAGGGACAUCCGAGCCGCUGCUACCCGUGCGGGAUGGCCUUCAGCCCUUGCGGACGCUAUGUGGCCUGCGGUGCCGAGGACAGACACGCAUACGUGUAUGAAGUGGGCUCCAGCACUUUUUCUCACAGACUGGCAGGACACACGGACACGGUCACUGGAGUGGCCUUCAGCCCGUCAGCCCCCCAGUUUGCCGCUUUGAUGCGGAGGAUAACAUGGUCGUGUGACGACAUGCUGUGGUCUGACGUGCGUGUGUCUAAACUAAGUGGAACCGUGCCGUGGCUGCCGUUUCGCCCGCUCUUCACUGGGAGUGGAUUGUUGCGAUCCAGAUGUCGCGGUGCCUGGGACGUGGUUUACCUUCCGUUUACAGUGAAUGUUUGGAAAAUGGAUAAAGUUUGUCACGUCAUCGACUCCAACAUUACGCCCCAUUUCACACUGAUCCUAACUUUUCUUUUGGUCCACAGCGGGUGGGCAUUUAGGUGAUUCCUUUUCAAUUCUUUGAACGACACGCUGCCAGUAAGGCUGAGGAGUGGUCAGGGGUGAGAGUCAGAAGCUAGGAACAAAGCUAAGACCAGCGAGGUCAGUGGCGGGAACUAAUAGAGUGAUUUCUAGGCAGAAUAUUGAUGUUUUUUAACAUUCAGUACUGGCGUCAAAACGUCUUUUAGCAUAAUCGAACUGAGGAAUUUUUUGAACACGUGGAAGUUUUCAAUUAGAAAAAGUUGUGUUGGUCUCUUUUGCCAUCGAGAUUAUUUUAAUGACUAAAAGAAGCAAAUAUGGCUUAAAUAUAGUUAUGAUAAAGGGAGAGAAAGGAAUGGCUGUACUUCUCAUGAACAUUGAUUCUUGAUGAGAUGCCAUUAAAAAUGGGCAGUCGGAGAAGUCAGGCUCCUGGUUCAUCAUCUCGGGGGAUGAAGAGGCCAUAUAGAACAUGAAUGAACACUUCCGAACCUCAGCGUACUCUACCACACUUCAUAUGUGUAAAAUUGUUACUGAAUUUUAGGAAUCAUGAUAAAAUAAUCCAGUGCUAAUUGUCCAGAAGUUUUGCAUUUUGUCUGAUCAUUGUUAUCAGAAAGGUCUCUGUGAAAUAACAAUAUUUCCUCAAUAGUGGACUCAAGAUCUGAUUAAAAGUCUUUGUUUCUUAGUUCCGUGUUUAUUUGAUUUUAAGAUACAUGGUAUUCUUUCACACACACUUAGACAGUGGAGUAAGUUUUAGAACCCUCAUGCUUCCUGUUUAAAGCAGUGUAUUCUGUUUUAUUAGAUCACUACUGCAUCGUACACCUAAUG